AUGCCACCUAAAAAACGAGCAGCGACCCAGAGAUCCCCGGCCAGGGGGGUCGGGAUGAAACGUAAUCGUCGGACAACAGCUCAACUCCGGGAACGAAGUCCAAAUCACACGGCCACACCUUGGACGGAUCGACUAGCCCCUGCAGAGAGGCAGCCACGGCCACAACCCCCUGAGGAGGUCCCUCGAUUCCCAAUCGAUAAUACAUCGGCAUAUUUACCCUUGGCUUUACCUUGUCAAAUUACAUCUGCAUGCGAUGAUAUCGGCAGUCAUGUCUCGCUUAAACUCAAGCAAAAAAUAUGGGAGGGGGGAUUUAUUGAUCGGUCUGUCCUACUCAAAUCUGCUACGGAAUGGAGCAAUUUGAGUCCCACAUCUGGGACAUCUGACAUCUGGGAGAACUUAGUAAACGUUAGAAAAGCGAAUCCAGCUAAGCUUAUCUGUGGAUAUUUAAACAUAAACAGUCUCGCAGGAAAGUAUGAUCAGAUCAAGGACAUAUUACAGCGAAAUCUCAUCGACAUGCUUUUUCUGGCAGAGACUAAAAUCGACGCCUCCUACCCCGAUGCACAGUUUGUAAUUGACAAUUAUACUAUGUGGCGAGCUGAUCGGAAUAAGCAUGGUGGAGGAGUACUAGCCUUCCUCAGGUCCGAUCUGGCUGGAGAUCGUAAGCCUACCUUUGAAUUUAAAGACAUAGAAUCCGUGGGAAUAGAGAUAUACAAAUACAGCGGAAAUACAAAGACCCAGAACAACCAGGUACGGGAUUAAAUCUUUCAGAUAUGAGGCAGCAAAGCUCUGGAACUCUUUGCCAAACGAAGCAAGAAA